UGUUUUGGUAUAAUCUUUUAAAUAAACUUCAUUUCCUCCGCCACACACACAAAGUGUUGUGCUGCCAGAUGCAGACGGCACCGAUGAGUGCCUCCGUCUGCCUGUGCUGUGCCGACUGCUCGCUGCACAUCAUCUUAUGUUACCCUCACCAAAGGCCUGAGAGGAGAUACGAUUAUCCCCAUUUUACAGGGGGGAAUACUGAGGGUCAGGAAAAUCGAGAGAUGGGGUGUUUGCCAUCACUGCAGGAACAGCACAGGAAGAAGGGGUUUCACUGCACGAUGCAGUUUGAAGUCAGAUUGCUGCAACGAGUAGACCUUGGGACGGGUCAUUAAGGGAGACUGUGGAAUUGGCUCCUCUGAUAUACAAGGUCCUGAAGGUAUCGGCACCCGGCAGAGGGCAGAGGGACAUGUGGGGAGACCCAAAGCACAUGUCAGAGGAAAGUCCUGACUUCAGGAGGUAUGGGAAGGGAUGGGUUUUGUACCCAGCAUCCCCAGUGGAACGGGGACCUGAAAAGGCUGAAGAGGAAGCCCACAGAGGAGACACCCUCCUCUGGCUCCUGAGUUUGGCAGGGCUGCUGUUUUUAACAGCGUUUGCCAAUGAUUUUGCACCUCUGCAGAAAUGGAGCCCAGUGGCUUCUGCCUGCAGUUGGCACGAGCUGCUUCCGGUGCGUGAGCUGCGAGCUGGGGUCACUUUCUUUGUGUUUAACCCCUUCCCCCAUGUGCACCUCACCCUGCCCCCACCGCCACAUACACAAAAAUAACGAAUAUCUGACCGGCCCAGGGUGUGCUGUGUGUAAAAAUACAGGGGGUUGAGCCAUUUCCUGCUGCUUCCGUUGUUGCAUGGAGAUAAGACACUGGGACUCGGCUGUGGACAGCGGUCCUCCAACAGGCUGAGGCGGGUCUGGCCCUGGGAGAGUGGGGCUCCAGGCCCGCCUGCUUUCAUCUGACCUUGCUUCCCAUCUUUCCUAUCUUCUGUGACCUUUCCUUCCCCUCUCUCCCUGCCCCCUAUCCUUUCUCAGUCUCUCUGCUCCAUUCUUUGUGCCACCCUGAUGCACUCAGGAAGCCUGCCUGCCUGCGAGGAAAAGGCGCUGUCCUCUCCCUCCUGCACAUUCACCUCCUUCCACGCUGGAUGGCUGGUACCCCCAGGCCCCCAGCCUGGGCCCCGCUUCCCUCAGCCUGUGGGUUACUUCUGGGACUCGAGCCCUUGGGGACCCAGCCAGCAGGCAGGUGGGGGUGUGCUCCUCUCCCUGUCCUGGGAGACUGGGCAGGGCCGGGCGCUCCCGCCAUCAUGAAGCGGAAGAGGUUGCUGACGACCCCAGGGAGCUGGAAGGUCGACAAGGGGGACCUCGCGGCCCUGAGCCUCCCUGGCGGCCCUGGCCACGGUGACGCCGAUGGCCCCAUCAGCCUGGACGUGCCGGACGGGGCCCCGGACCCCCAGCGGACCAAGGCCGCCAUCGACCACCUGCACCAGAAGAUCCUGAAGAUCACAGAGCAGAUCAAGAUCGAGCAGGAGGCGCGGGACGACAAUGUGGCAGAGUACCUGAAGCUGGCCAACAACGCGGACAAGCAGCAGGUGUCCCGCAUCAAGCAGGUGUUCGAGAAGAAGAACCAGAAGUCGGCCCAGACCAUCGCCCAGCUGCACAAGAAGCUGGAGCACUACCGCCGGCGCCUGAAGGAGAUCGAGCAGAACGGGCCGUCGCGGCAGCCCAAGGAUGUGCUGCGGGACAUGCAGCAGGGCCUGAAGGACGUGGGCGCCAACAUGCGCGCCGGCAUCAGCGGCUUUGGGGGUGGCGUGGUGGAGGGCGUGAAGGGCAGCCUCUCCGGCCUCUCACAGGCCACCCACACCGCCGUGGUGUCCAAGCCCCGGGAGUUCGCCAGCCUCAUCCGGAACAAGUUUGGCAGCGCUGACAACAUCGCCCACCUGAAGGACCCUCUGGACGACGGGCCCCCCGAGGAGGCGGCCCGGGCGCUGAGCGGCAGUGCCACGCUUGUGUCCAGCCCCAAGUACGGCAGCGACGAUGAGUGCUCCAGCGCUAGCGCCAGCUCGGCUGGGGCGGGCAGCAACUCAGGGGCUGGGCCCGCUGCGGCGCUGGGGAGCCCCAAGUCGAACAUGCUGUACGGCGCCCCCGGAAACAUGGAUGCCGUGCUGGAAGAGCUGCGGGAGAUCAAGGAGGGCCAGUCCCACCUGGAGGACUCGAUGGAGGACCUGAAGGCUCAGCUGCAGAGGGACUACACCUACAUGACCCAGUGCCUGCAGGAGGAGCGCUACAGGUAUGAGCGGCUGGAGGAGCAGCUCAACGACCUGACCGAGCUUCACCAGAAUGAGAUGACCAACCUGAAGCAGGAGCUGGCCAGCAUGGAGGAGAAGGUGGCCUACCAGUCCUACGAAAGGGCCCGGGACAUCCAGGAGGCUGUGGAGUCUUGCCUGACCCGGGUCACCAAGCUGGAGCUGCAGCAGCAACAGCAGCAGGUGGUGCAGCUGGAGGGCGUGGAGAACGCCAACGCACGGGCGCUGCUGGGCAAGUUCAUCAACGUGAUCCUGGCGCUCAUGGCCGUGCUGCUGGUGUUCGUGUCCACUCUCGCCAACUUCAUCACACCACUCAUGAAGACCCGCCUGCGCAUCACCAGCACUGCCCUCCUGGUCCUCGUCCUCUUCCUCCUCUGGAAGCACUGGGACUCCCUCACCUACCUCCUGCAGCACGUGCUACUGCCCAGCUGAGCGGCCGGCCUGUCCCGACCCCGUGCUCUCCCCAGCCCCCAGCUGGCCAUGCUUCUCCGGGGGAACCCUGGGACUCCCGAGUCCUUGGACUUCAUCAUGUGUCCAGUUUGGCCUCCUGCCCAAACUGUCCAUUCCAGCAACUUCUGCCCCCUUCUCUGUCCUUGCUUCUUCUGUCCAGUGCCUCCUCCCUGUUGGCCUGAAGGGAGCCGUCAGUGUAGCCCUGGCUGGAGGCGGUGGGGGCGUCGGUGGCCAAAUGGAGCAGAGGACACCCGGAUGGACUGUUCUGAUUAUUUACAGUCACACAAGGGCUCCUCCCAGCUGACGCAGAUGCCAUGGGUCAGGAAGGCCAAUGAGAAGAGGGGCGGGAGAGGGCCAUGCCUCGGCUUUCCUGGGGAAGAGCCCAUGCUUCAGGCAGCUCCGGCUCCCUCUUUGUGGAGAUGGUCAGAAUGAAGGCAAGAGUUUCAGGAAGGAAGCUCCCCAGCUCACCCCUCCCUCCUCCAGAGCUGGGUUGAGGCUGGGUUCUGGACUGGGCCCUUCUGGGAUCUGAAGGAUGCAGGCUCUGGAGGCCAGUUAGGUGUGGCUUUGGAUUUGUGUGUUCCCUGUUAUCCUUUCUGCCUGUCCCUGGAUCUGCUCUUUUCAGGGAAAGAGGCCCCAGGGGUCCCAAGCUCUUAGGGUUCUGUUUAUUUAUUUAUUUAUUGGUUCCUUUGUCCCUUAUUCCCCUGAGCUCCAGGGAGAGGUCCCACCCCCGCCCCCCUCUCCGGUCCUCUCUCUGAAGCCAGGGCUGCUGCUUGGCUGUCGGGCACUUCCAUGCCAUUUAGAUCUGGAGCCUCCUGGCUGGGGGAAGUGGGGCAGAGCCGCCCAGCCCCACUCUCCCAAGCGGCGCCUCAGCCUCUUUUAUAUGUCUGUUUAUUCCGUAUGUGUGUAUCUGUGUGGGGGAGGUUGUCUGUUGCUUUCUUUUUUUUAAGGCUCUGGAGUGUUGUGUAUGGUUUCUCUUCACAUCCCAGCCUCCCCAAGGGCACUUCCAAGAAGAGAGGGGAUUUCUCAGAAAAGGAGAGAGAAAUCCCCUGGAACAGGGGAGGGCAGUGCCUGCCAGCUGUUGUGGACCUUCCCGAGAAAUAAAUAUCCUCUAAAUUUUCAAA